AUGGCAGAAACUCACAAGUCUGAACACACGCCGGCGUCCUCGCCGGACGUAGAGGAGGACAUGAGUAUCGGGCGUUACAUCGCUACACGCAUUCCCACACUCGUUCCGCCGAUGAAUAAGGCGCCGAAUCCAUUCAAGGCGGUGACUCUACUCAACCGCCAGCAAUGGCUAUUUUUUUCGGUCGCGUUUAUUGGGUGGACAUGGGAUGCCUUCGACUUCUUCACCGUCUCUCUGACAACGACUCAGCUGGCCAAAACAUUCAAUACAUCCGUCACCGAUAUCACAUGGGGCAUCACAUUGGUGCUAAUGCUGCGAUCCGUCGGUGCAAUCAUCUUCGGAAUUGCAUCCGAUCGGUGGGGCCGCAAGUGGCCGUUUGUGGUCAAUCAGCUGCUGUUCGUGGCUCUAGAACUGGGUGCUGGUUUCUCUCAGACGUAUAAGCAGUUCCUGGCGUGCCGUGCUCUCUUUGGUAUUGCUAUGGGUGGUCUUUUUGGUAAUGUUGCUGCCACGGCGCUCGAGGAUUGUCCCUCAGAGGCUCGUGGUAUUAUCUCGGGUUUGCUUCAGCAGGGCUAUGCCUUUGGCUAUUUGCUGGCUACUGCUUUUGCGCGUGGUCUGGUCGAUACUACUUCCCACGGAUGGCGCCCGCUGUACUGGUUCGCUGCUUGUCCUCCCGUGCUGAUCAUCGCCUUCCGUCUGUGUCUGCCGGAGACGGAAACUUUCCGCCGGAGACAAGCUGCGCGUGAGGAGGCUCGUGGUGGUGUGGCUGCUUCUUUCAUAUCCGAGGGCAAGGUUGCGCUGAAGCGUCACUGGCUUUUGUUGAUUUACCUGGUCCUGCUCAUGGCCGGUUUCAACUUCAUGUCUCACGGAUCGCAAGAUCUCUACCCUACGAUGCUGGAAACCCAGUUUAAUUUCUCCAAGAACGCGGUGACUGUGACGCAAGUGGUCGCGAACCUGGGAGCGUUGACCGGUGGUACACUGUGCGGAUGGGCGAGUCAGAUCUUCGGUCGCCGAUUCUCCAUCAUCGUGAUCAGCAUCGUCGGCGGCGCGCUUCUCUACCCAUACACCUUUGUCACCUCACACAAUGUCAUAGCAGCGGCUUUCUUUGAGCAGUUCAUGGUGCAGGGCGCAUGGGGUGUCAUCCCUAUUCACCUAAUGGAGCUGUCACCCGGUCCCAUUCGCACUUUCGUUGUCGGUACGUCCUACCAGCUGGGCAACCUCGUGUCGUCCGCUAGUUCGACCAUCGAGUCGACGAUCGGCGAGCGCUUCCCCCUCCCGGCUACGAAGGAAUCAGCCCACCGCUACGAUUACGGCAAGGUCAUCUGUAUCUUUAUGGGUUGUGUUUAUGCCUACACCAUCAUCGUGACCUUCAUCGGGCCUGAGCGUCUCGGUCGUAAUUUUGAUGCGGAGCACGAUGCCGAUCUGGCGGUUGUGGCUGCACACCGUGGAAUGGAGCGUGACAGUGACCCGGAGAAGGCGACUACUAAACAGGUGGAGUAG